AAACCUGCGGCGCGUCGUUGUCUUGCGAGGGAAGCGCUGCGGACUUCCGACGUGCUCCUCCAGAAAAGGAUGGCCAGAAAAAGCGACGCGGGGGCCGGCCCCGUGGGGCUGCUGGGGCUGAGCGUGGGUCUCGCCCUCCUGCAGCUCCUCGGAGGGGGGGUCACCGCCGCGACGCUGAAGGGCAGCGCUUACCAGGGGCUGCUGGUCGCCAUUCACCCCUCCGUCCCCCAAGAGGCGAAAAUCGUCUCCAGCCUUAAGGUAAAAGAUGAAGGGAGGAGGCAACCGGCGCUGUUGCCAAUGGACCCUUCGCGCAUCUGGUGAUGGGAAGCGGACCCGAGGGGGAAGGGACCCGCAAGGUCAUCCAGUCCAACCCCCCGCCCCGACCCCGCAAUGCAGGCAUCGCAGCUAAGUCCUGAUGGCUCUGCCUGCCUACGAUUGUCAUUUUACCACUUUGGCAUCACGCACAUCUUCCGCGUUGCGGUUAUGUAUCGCCACCUGGAUUGCCUUUGCGCCUUGGUGCUUCAGAUUUUGCCUGCCCCUGCCCCUCUUAGUUUACCAGCGGGCACGACUGAAUACAUUGAAGAUGCUUCUAUUGUCUCCCUGUCUUUUCUGAACUCCGCACGAGUCUUCACUUGCAAGGGUGCAAAUAUUUUUUGUUUGCAAAACACAGCUCUAAUGCUAUAAAAAGGUGGCAGGUUGUCUGUGCCAAUUUCGCGACUAUCAAUGGUUUAAUGCGUUCAGGGGGAUUUUUCUAUGUGAAACCCACCAGUUGCACAACCCCCCCCCAAGGAGUUGGUCACGGUGCUCGUGGUGUCGCAUAGACCUCCCUUUGCGCCUUUACGCAAAAUGUACUCAUGCAUCUGUUCUUUCAAAUUCUGUUCCGUGGCUGCACGUCGAGGCAUCUUCCACAAACAUGUGGUGUUCCUGAACACAUUUGUUCCUCUGCGCCUUUUGCAAAGUAUUUUUCUCAUUUCCAUGCUCAGCAAGAGCUACAGCUACCCUCGUAUUGAUCAGAUCCAAAGCAUUCACGGAGGAAAGUGUGGAAUCCCAAGGAUGCUCGCUGUGAUCUGAAGGUGCACUUUGAAAGAACAAAGGUCGUUAGAUCCACUGCUUGCUUGUUUGAAUCCUUUCAUUCAGCUGGUAUUGGGGGGAGAAGUAUCUUCCUUCAUCUAUGUAAGGUGGUGUCACUGUCAACAGCUCUUAUUCUGCCUAAUGCUCCUUUAGCGAGUAUAUACCCCAGGCACUACAGAACGGCCCUGUUGGCUUCCGCUGAUGCUGACUUUGGGCGCAUAGUUCGUAAACGGGUACAGUACUUUAGUCUCAAUAAAUGCAGUUGGAACCUAAGACAGAAGGCAGCCUGCCUCUCCGAAGGAUGGCUGCUGCUCCUGACCAAGCAUUCAGUGCCGGAUUUACGUAUAAGCUAAACAAGCUAUAGCUUAGGGGCUCCCCCAGUUAGGUCUGUAAAUUACCAUAUAGCAUAAAUUCAACACAAAAAACUGUGACAAUUUGAUGUUGACAAAGGACAGCUGAAUAUAAAGGGCCCCAUUACCUUCAGUAAGGGAUGUGGGUGGCGCUGUGGGUUAAACCACAGAGCCUAGGACUUGCCGAUCAGAAGGUCAGCGGUUCGAAUCCCCACGACGGGGUGAGCUCCCAUUGCUCGGUCCCUGCUCCUGCCAACCUAGCAGUUCGAAAGCACGUCAAAGUGCAAGUAGAUAAAUGGAUACCGCUCUGGCGGGAAGGUAAACGGCAUUUCCAUGCGCUGCUCUGGUUCGCCAGAAGCGGCUUAGUCAUGCUGGCCACAUGACCCGGAAGCUGUACACCGGCUCCCUCGGCCAAUAAAGCGAGAUGAGCCCCGCAACCCCAGAGUCGGCCUAAUAGUCAGGGGUACCUUUACCUUUAUCUUCAGUAGCUUAGGGCCUCAUCAAACCUAAAUCUGGCCCUGGGGGCACUACUGACCUCCUUUUGCAUGCUCUAUCUCUAGGCAGAUCUGGCUGCUGUCCUAACCCUAGUUACCCCUAGGGCGACGAACCAUUUCUGCCUGUCAAAUAGCUGCCAGAAACUGAACGGUAAUCUUAAAUCCAGAUAUAUUUAAUAGUAAAGAAUAAUGUUUGGGAUCCUGAUCCCCUAUAGUUAUGGAUUUAAAAUCUGACAGUGUUCCCCCUCUUUUUUGCUGUACAUCUGCACUGGAUCUGGUCUCUGCUUCCAGCGGUCAGGAAUUAAGGGACUUUCUGUGCCAGACUUCACUGCAGCACACCCUGAAAAUUAUGAAGUUGCACCUCUUUCAGAAUUCACCGGAUCUUCUGGAUCUGGGUGAGAAAGGUCAUUGGAUAUACCUGCCCAGGGCUCUGCAAACUACGUGUUACUUCCCACAGCUUGUUCGUUCAGCUCCUACAACUUCCUGCUCCACUCCUCCCUCCUGGCUCCUUCCCUGAUGUAACUGGUUCCAGACAGGCAGGGACUUGCAACCCUACUUUCAAUUUCAGGAAGUCAUAGACUGUGAUCCUUGGAUGCUGAUAAAUCUAUUGCCAGUGAGAUGAGAAAUGCAAAGUUGUUCCCCCACAUAUCCCCUGUGCCCAUGGGAAUAGCCUCCUCCUAACUGGAGAAAUGGUGCUUUUAUGCCAAUCUCUUCUAGCAUUACUGUUUAGCAACUAUAGCAAGCCACAUAAAUAAAUAAAUAAAUAAAUAAAUAAAUUUAUUAUUUAUACUCCACCCAUAUGGCUGGGUUGCCCCAGCCACUCUGGGCGGCUACCAGAAAAAACACACACAAUCAAACAUCAAACAUUAAAAACUUAUCGAGACAGGGCUGACUUCAGAUGUCUUCUAAAAGUUGUGUAGUUCUUUAUCUCCUUGACAUCCUGAAGGGAAAGUGUUCCACAAGGAGGGCUCCACUGCUGAGAAAGGCCUCUCCUUGGUUCCCUGUAGCUUCAAUUCUUGCAGUGAGGCAACCACCAGAAAGCUCUCAGAGCUGGAUCUCAGUGUCCGGGCAGAACGAUGGGGGUGGAGACGCUCCUUCAGGUAUACAGGACCAAGGCCAUUUAGGGCUUUAAAGGUCAGCAUCAACACUUUGAAUUGUGCUUGGAAACAUACUGGGAGCCAAUGCAGAUCUCUCAGGACUGGUGUUAUGUGGUCUCGGUGGCCGCUCCCAGUCACCAGUCUAGCUGCCACAUUCUAGAUUAGUUGUAGUUUCCGAGUCACCUUCAAGGGUAGCCCCAUGUAGAGCACAUUGCAGUAGUCCAAGCGGGAGAUAACCAGAGCAUGCACCACUCUGGCGAGACAGUCUGCGGGCAGGCAGGGUCUCAGCCUGUGUACCAGAUGGAGCUGGUAGACAGCUGCUCUAGACACAGAAUUGACCUGCACCUUCAUGGACAGCUGUGAGUCCAAAAUGACUCCCAGGCUGCGCAUCUGGUCCAUCAGGGGCACAGUUACCCCAUUCAGGACCAGGCAGUCCCCCACAACUGCCUGCCCCCCUGCCCCCUCAAAACAGUACUUCUGUCUUGUCGGGAUUCAACCCCAAUCCAUUAUCCUCCAUCCAUCCUCCAACCGCCUCCAGACAAUGUGUCAAGGAAGGGCUGCGAAGAAGUAGUUAAGAAUGCAGUCCUGAACACACUAAGAAGUCAACCCCAUCAGAUCAAGUCCUCCUUUGGAGUAAACAUAUGCAUAGGACCACAUUGUACAGAAUGCUUCUAGAAUUAGCAAUAUUUAUUGUGAGGAGAACAGAUUUGUAUUUCCUCAGCUCAAGAAUGCGUGUGAGGUGAAUCCAAAUGUUUCAUGAUAAUGGCAAGCUUGGUUUGGAAAUCCCAUUGGAUUUCCUAGUAGAAUGGACUUGCCAUAUCAACACUGUGGUGCUUGAACCCUUCUAUUAAGAUGGUGGAUUUAAGGAGUGGCCUGGAGAGGUCUAGUUUUAAUGGGAGUGAACUUGCCGCAACAGAAGCCGGUUGUUUUUGCUGCUUCAGCCCAUGUUUACAGUUGUGAAAUUAUGAAGGCAAUUAUAAUUGCCCAGACAAGCUGUGUGUAGUGUGUAUUUCGAAUCUGGCUUCACGCACGCUGCAUGAAAGCUACUGCUUUGAAAGCGUUGUGAAAUUGAUAAAAUAGUCCUUGUGUCCUGGCUCUCUGUGGCAGAAUUUCUAUGCAGUUUGAAGCACAAAAGCUUCACCUUUAGCUAUGAGGAUGGGGGGAAAAGGUUUGCCACUUUUCAGUUAUCAUAAAAUGUUUUCAUAAGCAGCAAAGCAUUUCAGGAAUGCACAUAUCACUACCAAGCCAUUUUCUGGCAUUUCUUCUGUCUCCCUCAGCCCUGCAGCUGCUUAUUAUGGGUUGUUUUAGUCUGUGUUCUCUGUACACUCCUUGCACUUCCAGCGCUGGGACUUUUUAUCAUCCAACGUGUGCUAUUUAUCCCGUACUUUGUUAUAAAAUACUGCCAUUUAAUAUGUUGUUUCGCAAACCAUCUUCAUGCCAUUUGGGGUCUUUAAACCAUUCCUAACUUCAGGACCUCUUUUUUUAGAAAAAUAGAACUGAAUAGGACAAAUUAUUAAUUAAAAAUUUCUGGGUUAACAUAAUCUUCACUAUUUCUCAAAUCAAUGACCCUCCCCCCUCCUCCGAAGCUUCAUUCCAGUCUGACUGGAUGAUUGCAUAGUGAUUUAUGAGUUUACACUUUUCUCCUUGCAUGAACUAAUGAUUCUCGCUAAUCCACUUUCCUAUCCUUUCGUUCUCUUAUUAGGAAAUGAUUACUGAAGCUUCCUUCUACUUGUUCAAUGCUACACAAGGAAGGGUUCAUUUUGGGAGUGUCAAAAUUUUAAUACCUGCAACAUGGGAAAGAAACGAUUACGCAAAGCCAACGCAAGAGGCGUACACAAAGGUACGAAUUAAGGGCAGCGACCUGGGCCUGCUAUUCCUCAUUUCUUCCAUCCAUCUGCCUCCAAUUAAAAUAGUUGCUGAACACAGUAAAGGUAAAAGGUAAAGAUAAAGGACCCCUGGACAGUUAAGUUCAGUCAAAGGCGACUAUGGGGUGCAGCGCUCAUCUCGUUUCAGUACUAAAUGGUAAUGCCUUUGGAUGCUCUGUUAGUAGGGCUUUUUUAAAAAUGUAAACGUUAGUUGGAUCCAAAAUUCCCAAGAUUGUUCUGAUCCUAAUAGAUGCUGGUUUGCUACAGGCAUGCAUAUAAUACAUGUACUUUUUUGUUUGGCUAAGCAUAUCCAGAUACAGUAUGUAUAAACUUGACCUGUGCUUUAAUCUGGUUUUUAGUUUAUCAUUGAUUUUAAUUUUGUUCUAAACAGUUGCAUUUUUACUGUUUUUGCUGAUUAUCUCAUUGUUUUAUUCUUCUCCGUAAACCGCUUUGAGGCUUUUUACAAUCAAGUGGUAUAUAAAUUUUAUUAAUUGAAUGAAUAGCAUAUCCCGUCCUAUGAAUUUAUUUGCUUGCAUAGUGAGUGAAUCUCAAAGCCACCUUAUUUGUGUGUGGGGGGGGUACAUAAUGUGUAAAAUCAUUUCAAGAUUUGCUCAGAACAAAUAUUGUACACUCCAUUGCUAAUAGAGCAAAGAGCAGGUUAUUUCUGAUCAUGUGGUAAGUACAGCUAAUACAAUACAGUGGUACCUUGGGUUACAGACACUUCAGGUUACAGACGCUUCAUGUUACAGACUCCGCUAACCCAGAAAUAGUACCUUGGGUUAAGAACUUUGCUUCAGGAUGAGAACAGAAAUCGUGCUGCAGUGGCACGGCGACAGCGGGAGGCCCUAUUAGCUAAAGUGGUACCUCAGGUUAAGAACAGUUUCAGGUUAAGAACAGACCUCCAGAACGAAUUCAGUUCUUAACCCGAAGUACCACUGUAGUUAUCUACUGCCCACACCCACAGUGCAUUUGUGUGCCUCUUCAUACAUUCCAGGUUUUAUUUUUUAUUUUUUUAAUGAUAUUUAUUAAAAUUUCAAAAAAUACAAGAAUUAUACAAAAACAAAAAGUAAAAAUACAAGAAAAUAUAACAAAGAAAUGAAAAAUAAAAAGAAACAUACAAAAUAAGAACAGUUAAAAACACAUUAAUUUUCCAUAGCAUAUCUUCCUUACACUUAUUUCCCCGGACCUCCUCAUACCUCCCUUUUUUGUAUUCCAGUUCAGUUUGUUAGUUCAGCAAAUCCUUACCAUUAAGCUUUUACCCAUUUGUGAACCUUUUUUUCGUAUCUCUUAAAGCAUUACAGCUGGAAACCACUUAGUUUCUAUCCAACAUCCUUCUAAGAUUCAUUAAUUUUACAAUAUUUCUGUAAGUAGUCUUUAAAUUUCUUCCAGUCUUCUUUCACCGACUCUUCUCCCUGGUCUCGGAUUCUGCCAGUCAUUUCUGCCAAUUCCAUGUAGUCAAUCACCUUCAUCUGCCAUUCUUCCAGAGUGGGUAGAUCUUGUGUCUUCCAAUACUUUGCGAUGAGUAUUCUUGCUGCUGUUGUAGCAUACAUAAAAAAAAGUUCUGUCCUUCUUUGGCACCAAUUGGCCGACAAUGCCCAGAAGAAAGGCCUCUGGUUUCUUCAGGAAGGUAUAUUUAAAUACCUUUUUCAAUUCAUUAUAAAUAAUUUCCCAGAAAGCCUUAAUCUUUGGGCACGUCCACCAAAGGUGAAAGAAUGUACCUUCAGUUUCUUUACAUUUCCAGCAUUUAUUAUCGGGCAAAUGAUAGAUUUUUGCAAGCUUGACUGGGGUCAUUUUCAUAAUAUUCUCUCUUAAGGCAUUACAUGCCGUAAACUUCAUACCUGUGGUCCAUAACUGUUCCCAGUCAGCAAACAUAAUAUUAUGUCCAACAUCUUGUGCCCAUUUAAUCAUAGCAGAUUUCACCGUUUCAUCCUGAGUAUUCCAUUUCAACAGCAAGUUAUACAUUCUUGACAGAUUCUUAGUUUUGGGUUCUAGCAGUUCUGUUUCUAAUUUUGACUUUUCCACCUUGUUACCGGAAAAAUCCGAGGGCUCCCUUGGACAAAAACAAAGACACCAACCAGGAUAACUUGGAGCAAAACAGCAGCCUGUAGGCUUGGCCUUUAUUGAAGAAAAGACUGUUGCAACAGGGUGUUCCCCUCACUUGCAGGAGAGAGGAAAGACCCAGAAAGAUGGUGUGCAAGACCUUAUAAAAACUUUUGAAAUUCCCUCCUCUAGGUCAAGCCCACCCCCAGAAACAUCAUGCAUACAUUACAGAAAGGAGGGGUUGACAUCAUGCAUACAUUACAGAAAGGAGGGGUUGAGGGAGGAGUUGUGGUGGUAACCUGAGUGUCCUGUCACCUGGCUGGUUCCUCCUUUCCCCGGCCCAUGAGUCACUUCCAGGAGACAAAGGGAGUUGGCAGUUUCCUGCCCCCAGAGGGAAGAUCUGAUCAUUGUCCUUUGUUUCAGUCCAUGCUGAAUCCACUCCCAUAUGCAAGUUCUUUGUGAUCUUGAUGGUCUUCUGUCUAGGACCAUCAGGGUUGGCAUAGCAACUGGGCAGGGCUCCGGUGGAUGUGCUGGGAUGGUGAAGGGAUUAUGGCUGACCAGAACCAGGCCACCCCCCUUUGAUAGUCCUUGUCAUAUGGAGUAAAAUAAAAAUGGAACAGUGCAAAUCCAAUGUAUGGUUGAUUUUUCUAUGAAUUUAUAACAGAAGUGUGGCAUAUGUGGUGUGUGAGUGUGAGUGUGUGAAGUUUGUACAAACUGAAUGAUUGGGGUGGGGGGGUUCCUGCUACAACCUGGAAGCCAAUUUUCUCCUCUAAGCCAGUUGUUAUUGUAACAAUGUCCAGCUUCCUCUAGGGGGACACAGUAACAGCCAGAACUUGCAACUUUUGAGAACAAAGAUAGUCUUUAUAAGUCCCCCAAUUCACUUUAAAAGCAACAGUCUCAGUGCACUUAAACAGUUACUUUCAAGCCAAAAGAAGUCCAGAAACACUGUAUCCCUUUUGCAGAAUUAGCUGUCAAAAAUAAGCUUUCCACUGCGCGACCCUUAUCUCAAGGCAGUCCGUUCCAGGUUUUAAACAAUAAAUUUUAGCUUCCUUUUCCCCUUCUUUUUUGCAGGUAAAUUCAGCUCAGUCUUUUCCCCCUCCUCUCCUGCAGUCCGGAGGGGGGGCCACUUUCCAGAUGUUAAGAUUUAGCUCUUUUUUCAAGCAACUUUCAAUGUUUCCACUUUAGAGUCUCUUUGCUUUGAUCUAUUUACAAUGAAAGGAAGGCAGACUUCCUGGUUGUACCUUCCCGCUCAGUGCCAAAUUAGACGUUUGUUUGUUUUUUUCCCUUUUAGAUCCAAUUUAAUCCUACUCACGGGUAGUUGUUUUCAAAGUCCAAUUGUCCCAGGAAAAAGGCAGCACUCUCCGGUAACAGCUUCGCGGCUUCGCUCCACGGAAGAAGCAAUUAGCUCACAGCACAACGCCACCCCCGCUCCGCUCUGGAGCCCGUUGCCGAGCUCCUUUUGCAAUUGGGGGGGGCGCAAAUGGUGCCCGCUGAGUCCCACGGUCACAGGCUUCACCCGCCUGUGAUUUUUGGAGGGUCCCUGCUGCGCCGUAGCGGUACAGACCCAAUUUCCGUAGAGCCAGUUCCCUCCGAAUCAGAGGGAAGCAGCCAUUACCGAUGGCGCCACCCCGGAAGUCCCAUACAUUCCGGGUUUUAAAUGUGCUGUGUUGAUGCUAUCAUUAAUCAGGGGAGCCAACUUGGGUUAUGGGUGCCCAGUGUGUGUGACGUCAUGACGUCAUGCACACCCCUUGCCCUCAGAACCUGACUUCCAGUGGCACCUCUGAGGCCUCAGAGAUGCUGUCUGAGGCCUUGCAAAACCUCAGAGGUUGUGGGGGGCCCUGUUGUGUGGGUGCUGAGCACCCACAACAACAUUUUUGUGGGUCCCCAGGUCCCCAAAGCCCCCUAUAGUUGGCGCCCCUGUCAUUAAUUAACAAGCAGUAGGACUUACCGUAUGUUGAGACUUCAUUCCUCUUCACGUUUCUCUGGGAGUAAACUCCAUUGAACUGACUGGGUCUAUUUUUGAGUAGGCAUGCAUAAGAUUUCACUGUCAAGUGCAAUCUUCAUAGUAUGACUAAAAAGGGUGCUGUUUAGUACUUUUGCAGUUCAAAAACAUGUUUACUGUAUUCCAGUGUGUCUCUUCUGGGUGGGUGGGGGUGGAGAGUAUUAUGAAAUCUGACUUAUGACAUGUAAGUAAUUGUAGGACUAAACUCCUGCUUUUGUCAGUAAUUAAUAAUAAGCGUACCUAUUCAAAACCAGCUCAUUAAACAAAACUUUCAUUUUAGGCAGAUGUCAUUGUUGCUCCUCCUUAUUGGAAACAUGGACACGAUCCAUACACAUUGCAAUAUGGAGGGUGUGGAGAAAAGGGAAAAUACAUACAUUUCACCUCUGACUUCCUGGUAAAUAAUGAUUCGAUUGGAAUCUAUGGACCACAUGGUAAAUCCUAAACAAAUAAUUAUUACCUUUCUUCUUCUGUUACCUUUUGUGUUUCAAAAAAGUACAAUUUUAAAAUCUCACAUCUGCAUCGUAAUCAACAAAGAAUAUCUUUAAUAAUUAACAGUAACGGUGUCUUCAUACGUGACUCUUUUUAGUUUUUAAUAAACGUUUAUCACACUGUAAAGUUUAUAUAUAUAUAUAUUUAUACAUAUAUUGCAUACCAUAUGCCAUUGUGAUAAAUCCACCUAUAGUUAACAUUCAGUAUAAACACAAGGGAACUGGUCCUUCCAAAAAAACUCAUAACAUUUUCAAAACAGAAAUUAAGUACUGGUUGUUGAAUCUUGAAACCAGAAGCCUCACAUUUGAAUUGGGACAUAGAGUAUCAUAUUACUACAUAUUACUUUUCAGAUAAUGGGGGAAAAUAAUUGAUUAAAAGCAGUGGUUUUGUAAAAAGGAAAUUUAUUAAAUGGCAUGCUCUGUUUGCUAGAGGAAAUUUCAAAUAUUUUCCUGGCACCACAGCAAUCGAGAGAUAACACAAUGUCUCGAUUGCUGUGGUGCUAGGAAAAUAUUUGAAAUUCUCCAAAUAUUCUCUUGCGAUAAAGGCACUGACAAAGUUGGGAAGGUGUCAACUUCUGAAAAUUGGCACAAACUGGUGCCAUUGGCAGCCUUAAGACACUUGGACAGGUGCAUUUCGUAAGCUGCAAUAGGUAUCCUAACUGGGCUGGGGCUUUCACUGCAAUCGAUACCCAGGAAAAGAAUGGCUGUUUAAGGGUCUCCAGACCAGAUUUGUGUUUGGGAAGCUUGCAGAUCCAGCUUUUGGGGCAGGCUCAACCAGUUACGGUAGCCUUUCUCAACCUGUGGGUCCUCAGAUGUUGUUGGACUACAACUUCCAUCAACCUUAGUUAGCAAGGCCAGAGCUCAGGGAUGAUGGGAGUUGUAGUCCAACAUCAUCUGGGGACCCACAGAUUGAGAACCGCUGAGUUAGGGUGUCAGUACAGGAACUUGAACUCUUCCUGUCUUACAAGUCAAACACACAAAUCCCCUUUGCUGCAACACUACCUGCUCUGUAGCGUUUGCUGCUAUGGGACUAUGUUAGAUUACUACCAAAUGUCACAAUGCAAUUUCCGUGCUUUUAUCUAUACAGGCAGGCUUUUCGUCCAUGAGUGGGCCCAUCUUCGGUGGGGGGUAUUUGAUGAAUAUGACAGUGAAAAGCCUUUCUACAUAUCGAGUCAAAACCAGGUGAAAGCCACCAGGUAAAAUUUGUGUAUGUGCAGGUGGGUUCAAACUAAACAACUCUGUAUAUAGUUUGCAAAAAAAACACAUUAUCAAUAAUGUGCGGCAUUUCAACACCUUCUGUUACAUGGAAUCUUAAAUAAUAUCUACAAUGCCAAAAUAAUAAUGACAUGUGCCAUUCAGUAUCUCAGCCAAACAGUUCGUAUAUUCCUGAAUUAAGUCCAUGAGAGCGAUUCCCUCUGUAUAUACUUGUGAUGGUGCGACCCUGACAACGAGAUGCCUGGAUUUCAGUCUCUGUUUCGUGAAUCUUCUUCUGGUCGGCCCAAAAAGGAGCUCUGAAUUGUACAUAACGAGCUUGUAAUAACUUCAUUCAAUACAAACCAUAAACAAGGACAAGAAUUGUGGGCGUAAGACAACUCGCUUACAUACCGGUAUAAUGGCAAUUCAGUGCUCCACCAAAUAAAUCGCCUCUAACUGUGCUCCUUUUUGUAAAGACUGAUGCAGCUGCAGCCACAGGUGUGCUUUUUUCAGAAUAAAAAUUACCUGCUUUGUGUUUCUUUAAAGGUUUUAAAUGUUUGUUUUCUUUUGCACUCACACUCCCUUGGGGAGCACAAUAUGUUGUUGAGAGCCAGUGUGGUGUAGUGGUUAAGAGUGGUAGUCUCGUAAUCUGGGGAACCGGGUUCGUGUCUCCGCUCCUCCACAUGCAGCUGCUGGGUGACCUUGGGCCAGUCACACUUCUCUGAAGUCUCUCAGCCUCACUCACCUCACAGAGUGUUUGUUGUGAGGGAGGAAGGGAAAGGAGAAUGUUAGCCGCUUUGAGACUCCUUAAAGGGAGUGAAAGGCGGGAUAUCAAAUCCAAACUCCUCCUCCUCCUCCUCCUCUUCUUCUUCUUCUUCCUCUUCAUGUCCUGAUUGCCUUGUGCCUAUUCCUAGGUGUUCUUCUGACCUAACGGGAAUUUAUGUCUGCGAGAAAGAAUCCUGCACUGAAGGCACCUGUGUCAUUGACCAGGCAACAGGACUCUUAAAAGAAGGGUGCACUUUUAUACACGACAAGGAGCAAAAUGCAUCAUCUUCCAUAAUGUACAUGCAAAGCUUAUCUUCUGUAAGUACAGUUCAAGAGAGAUCGUACAUGACGUUUCCUGUACUUCAGGGAUGGGGAAACUGUGGCUGAACUGCAUCUCCCACAUCUCUGACCAUUGGGCAUGCUGGCUGGGGGUGGCUGGAGUCCAGCAGCAUCUGAAGGAUCAGUGCCUGAAGGUUGCAUGUAGAAAAGGGGGCUUACCAUAUUUUUCGCUCUAUAAGACGCACCAGACCACAAGACGCACCUAGUUGUUGGAGGAGGAAAACAAGAAGAAAAAUAUUCUGAAUCUCAGAAGCCAGAACAGCAAGAGGAAUCGCUACGCAGUGAAAGCAGCAAUCCCUCUUGCUGUUCUGGCUUCUGGGAUAGCUGUGCAGCCUGCAUUCGCUCCAUAAGAUGCACACACAUUUCCCCUUACUUUUUAGGAGGGAAAAAGUGAGUCUUAUAGAGCAAAAAAUAUGGUAUAUCUUCCCAGGUGUUUAGGUGAUGAUCUUGAAUGUAUUGCUCAUAAAGCCACUACCGCACUAAGAUGGAGGUGGGGUUGCAGGCUUCACGGUACCUCCACGCGCGCAGCGGCCCCGUGUGAUUGGAGGGGAUUCCCGGCUGUGUCACUCCCUAGCCAGCCAAUCAGCUGGCUGGGGGGUGGGGCCUGCCCUAUAAAGGCAGGACACGGCUGGGGAUCUCCCUCUUUGCUGCCUGCCAGCUGUUCCUGCUUUUUCCCCACCCUCCCACCCUAUAAGGUUUUCUUUCUGACCUUGCUAUGGACCUUGGUUAGUCGCCGUUGAGGGGCCAAGUAGGAAUUUUUCCACUUGGCAAAUUGGCACCAGCCACUUGGUUUUCACCUACCUCAUAGCAAAUCGUCACAACUUCCUGGGUAUUCUGGGUAAUCUGUUUCUGUCAUUCGCAAUUGUUCGUUUCCAGAAGAAGAUGGGAUGGAAACAGCACUCUUGGAGCUGGAAGCCUUUCUCUCUAAGACCUUGUGUGUGUGGAAUUUCUGUAGUUACUAAUGGAGAUGCUUUCUGCAAGUGUUUCACACAAUCAUAGAAUUGUAGAGAUGGAAGGGACCCAAGGGUCAUCUAGUCCAACGCCCUGUGAUGCAGGAAUCUCAACUAAAGCAUCCCUGAAAGAUGGCCAUCCAACCUCUGCUUAAAAACCUCCAAAGAAGGAGAGUCUAAACAGCAUUCUCAGAGAACAACCUCCCAAGGGAGUAAGUUCCCCCAUCAAACAGCUCUUACUGUCAGAAAGUUAUUCCUAAUGUUUGGUUGGAAUCUCCUUCCUUGUAACUUAAAGCCAUUGGUUCGAGUCCUACCCUCCAGAGCAGGAGAAAACAAGCUUGCUCCAUCUUCCACGUGACAGCCCUUGAGAUAGCUGAAGAUGGCAAUCAUAUCUCCUCUCAGUCUCCUCUUUACCCAGGCUAAACAUACCCAGCUCCUUCAACCGUUCCUCAUAAGGCUCAGUUUCCAGAUCCUUGAUUAUCUUGGGUGCCCUCCUCUGUACACGUUCCAGCUUGUCAAUAUCCAUCUUAAAUUGUGGUGCCCAGAACUGUCUUGCUGUUUUCUGUUUUCAGGUGUUUGAAUUCUGUGACUCAAGCAACCAUAACGCUGAAGCUCUCAAUGCCCAGAACAGGAUGUGCAGUUACAAGAGCACAUGGGAAGUCAUCAUGAGCUCUGAUGACUUUAAAUCCGAUAUUCCUCUGACCAGCAAAAACAGUCCUUUGCCCCCAACCUUCUCACUUUUACAAGCAACAGACAGAGUGAUCUGUUUAGUCUUGGAUUUUUCCAGCAGCAUGGAUGAGGUAAAGUCUUACUCUUUGAGGCAAAAAUGAACACCUGCUCUGAAAUUGAAAUUCUUUUGCUUUUGUUUUCAAAAAUGCUAUCGAUUAUAGAGUUUAUUAAAGAUCACCGACGUCAGGUAAGUGCCGGAGAAUAAAAAAAAAGUUGUUAUUAAAAAAAUUUUGUAUUACAAAACAAACACAAACAGGGAAAGGCACAUCUAUCGUCUCCACUUUCAAUUCAUGGUCUUUUUCACAGUUCAUUUACGUUUAGUGAGAGAUACUUUUGUCACAGACAUCUUGUGGUUGGGGAGAGAGAUGGGGCUAUUGUUCUUCCAUUCUAUCCUAAUCUCUAGCAUUAUCAAGAAGAAGAAUAAACUUUUAAUGAUACCUCUUUCUCCACCCCCACCCCCCAAGACAGCCUUCUGUUUGGAGAGCCACAUGCAAAUUUUCUGGUUGUAGGAGAAUUCUUGAACAGGCAGUAUACCCUGCCUGAUAUUGUGUCCGUGAAAACAUGUUGCAUUAUUAUUUGUGGGUGAAUGAAUAACAGGUGAUAUUUUACCUCCUACAGAACAAUCGAAUCAUUCGGAUGCGUCAGGCAGUAGAAGUGUAUCUACUGCAAAUUGUGGAAGAGAACUCCUACAUUGGGGUUGUCACAUUCAGUGAAGGAGGAGAAGUAAAAUCUCAGAUCCGGCAAAUAACGAGUGCUGAUAUACGGAAGCAGCUUGCCUCCGACUUGCCAGUUGCUACAUACGGCGACAGAGCAAAUGUUUGCAUGGGUUUACAGCUGGCGCUGCAGGCGAGUCCUAUUUAUUAUUGCCUCUCUUGCCGCAUUUCGGCUCAUAGGAACAUUUUGGUUUUUGGUGCAGGAACCGGAACUAUUCUUGCAGGGCAAUUGUGUAGUCACCCAGUGUUUUUGAACAGAACUUCCAAAUGCAAUUGAAAAGAAAAGACUUUGGAAAGGUCCUCUAUCUAGCUAACAAGAGACAGCAAAUCGGGAUACAGAAGGAAAAAUAGAAUACUUAAAACGGAAUAACAACAAACCGAAAUGAGCUCCACGUUAAGUGUUCAGACUCAUAAUCCUUGUUUAGGUUGCAGUCUUUUAUGCACGGAACUUAAUAAGAUGCACCUGGUCUUCAUAGGACUUACUUUCUGGGUUGACAUGCACUUCCAUAAAAGCUCAGCAAGGGAGUAGACAGCAUGCAAAAUUGCAACAAAAUAAACAAGAACAUAGAAGAUCUUGCUGGGUGACUCAUUUAAUCCUGCAUUCUGUUCUCACAGAUGCCUGUGGGAAGCUUACAAACAGGACUUGAGCAAUAACAGCACAAUAAAACCACCCGCAAAAAACACACAACAACAUAGGUUGAUGAGGGUGAAGUUCUGUACCUACAAUAAUAAACUGGCUCUCACUCAGCAUCUGCUAUGUCAGAAGUAGGUUGACUUUAGGCUCAAAGAUUUCCUCCCCUAAAAACCUGAGGUCUGGCAUCCAGAGCUAGGGCAAAACAGUGGCUUGAGUCAAUUGUGUCCUAUUGUUAAAUAAGUCUUGUUUUGCAGAUUAGGAAUACUAAGACUGAGAUAAAUAAGUGAUGGGCAUAAGGCUAGACAUGGCAGAUAUUAUUAUUAUUAUUUAUUUAUUUCAUAGUUAUUUUUUAGAUUUGCUUCCUCCCUUGCUCCCAUUGCUGAUGUCCUCAACAUUUAUAAAUUCCACAAAACUCUUACUAUUUAACAAUUAAACAAUUCCACAAAACCCUUACUAUUUAACAAUUAAAACCAUCAAAGAAAUGGAUGCUUUUCAUUGCCUUAUUUUUCUCAAAAGUUGUCAGUAUACAAAUCUUUGGAAAUACAUGACUUUAGUCCUGUGGAUAUGAAUCACAGCAAUAUAGUGAAGUAUUAAGGAGUCUCUUAACUUGUGACAUUUUCUUUGCCAAGAUAAUUUACUGAGUGUCCUUCAUAUUCAUGGUUAAUUAUUUGCUUCCAGGUAAUUAAAAAACAUGACGAAAGUGUUUCUGGUUCUGAAAUCAUCUUAUUGACCAGUGGAGACGACAGUUCACUCAGCAAGUGUUUCUCUGAUGUCAUUGACGCUGGCUUAAUCGUUCAUACCAUUGCUCUGGGGCAUUCUGUCUCCCAAGAACUGGAACAACUGGGCAAAAUGACAGGUAAGACUGUCUGUUUUAGCAAUAGCAAACACCCUUUGUGGUUUUUGCUCAUAAAACAAACAAGAAUAUUUCAAAGGAAAAUUCAGUGUGAGCCAACGUCUGGACAGCUCCAUUAAUCUCUGAAAUAAUAACCUUGUCAAAUGAAGUUAAUUUUUUAUUCACCUUUUAAGAUUUCUCCUUGUACUCUCUUUUUCAGGGGGGCUGAGUUUUUUUGUCACUGAUAGACAAGAUUCAAAUAGCCUAAUAGACGUAUUCAGCGCCAUUGUAGCAAGUGAUGGAGAUACCAGCCACCAGCCUGUCCAGGUCUGUUCAUGUAGAUACUGUAUAUCUUGCUAUAAGGAAGGCUGUUUUACUUAAUAAAGCGAAUACAUUUUAAUAGGAGGCAUGGAGAAAGCAUUUCUGGAGCCAACACAUUCAUAAUCUGUUAUUUUAGAGCAUUAUUUUAGUUUGAUAAAAUAGAACGGGUGCCCCUUAUAUCUCAUACUGUAGCUCUAGACUUUUAUCUCAAAUUUUGUAUUAUUUGAAUUUGAUAUGACUGCUUGGACAACAAUUAGUCAAUUGAGGGCAUAUUGGGAAGAAGAAGGCAGAUGUAAUAAAAAAAAGAGAGAGAGUCUUAGAACCAUAGAUUUGGAAGCAGCCACAAAGAUCAUUCUGUCCAAAUCUUUUAUCCAACAUGGGACUUGAACGCAAGGCCCUGAGAUUAAGAGUCUCAUGCUUUACUGAUGGAGCUAUCCCUCAGGUAUGCAUGCAGUCAGUUGCACUGUGAGCUUAAUUUUCUCAGGCUGUACAGUUUGAAUGGCAUUGUGGCAUUACAAGCAAUUGAUCGCUCAUUCAGCUCUCAGUAUUGCCUCUGUCUAUGUUUCAGGUGGGAUGCGUAUCUUUUUUGGGGUGUGUGUGGAUGAAUUAAAGCAGUAUACAUACAAUUUAUGCAUUUAUCUAUUCAUCACCACAUUAAAAAAAAAAAGUAACAACACCCAGAACAAAAAAAAUUUUUUUUUGAAAAUUGAGGGAGAAGGAAGUUUCUUUGCGAUAACCAUCUUUCCCAGGCCCACCAAUCCAAAGGUACCUUCUACUUGAAGCAUAAAAACUACUUUAAGCAUAGAAAACACAAUGAAAGCAUUCCAGAGUCACACCCACUGCUCUAAAAGGGUUACACCUCCCUUUCCUCUCAGUUCACUAAUUUCCCAUCCCACUGUCCUGACCAGCUCCUUUCCCAGAACCAGAUAUUCGUGUUUUUUAAAAAACCAAACAAACUGUGGUGACAUGUUUAAUUUGGCCCUUUGUCAUUCCUGUCCGGAAUGUACAAAUCUUGCAACUUACCUUAAUAGCUCAAUUUACUUAGUUAUCAACUUAAUUAUGUACAUACUUGCUCUGCUUGUUGAUGCAGCCCAUGGCAAGUUAUAAAAGGGCCUAUAGGUAGCUAAAGAAGGUAAAAGGUAAGGACCCCUGGGCAGUGAAGCCCAGUCAAACUUGACUAUGGGGUUGCGGCACUCAUCUCGCUUCAGGCCGAGAUGACAGACAGCUUUUCUGGGUCAUGGGGCCAGCAUGGCUAAACCGCUUCUGGUGCAACAGAACACCGUGACGGAAACCAGAGCGCACAGAAAGCCAUUUACCUAUCUACUCACGCUGGCGUGCUUUUGAACUGCUAGGUUGGCAGGAGCUGGGACAGAGCAACAAGAGCUCACCCCAUUGUGUGUAUUCGAACCGCCAACCUUCUGAUCAGCAAGCCCAAGAGGCUCAGUGGUUUAGACCACAGCACCACCCACAUCCCUAUAAAAGGAACCACAGAGCCUAGGGCUUGCCAAUCAGAAGGUUGGCAGUUCGAAUCCCCGAGAUGGGGUGAGCCCCAUUGCUCGGUCCCAGCUCCUGCCAACCUAGCAGUUUGAAAGUACAUCAAAGUGCAAGUAGAUAAAUAGGCAGGAAGGUAAACGGUGUUUCCGUGCACUGCUCUGGUUCGCCAGAAGUGGCUUAGUCAUGCUGGCCCGGAAGCUGUACACUGGCUCCCUCGACCAAUAAAGCGAGAUGAGCACCGCAAGCCCAGAGUCGUCCGCAACUGGACCCAAUGGUCAGGGGUCCCUUUACCUUUAAGCACAGGGGUGAAUAACAAUCAAGGCUGUAAUCCUCAACACAAGUAUGAAUCUUCCAUUCCAUUGAAAUCCAUGAAUUGCAGCCUAAGGGUUGAAGUGCUAUUUUGUGACGUGUGCUGUCUUCUUUUGGGGGUGGGGUGGGGGGCUGGGGAGGCAGAAUCCAGAAGGAACUUAACUGCUUACUCGCUUGCAAUUGCCAUAGUACUCAUCUGCCAGAGUGAGCAAAAAAAGUAUUUUUGGAACAUGGCUGUGGCUGAAAAGGUGUGGAUUUUGUUUCGGGGGAUUUCUGUGCCCCUAUCUGGCUUUGUUAAUUUGUUUUAAUUGCUUGUCUCCCGUAGCGUUUUUAAAUGCUAUAAAGAAUCAUUGCAAUGUUGAUGUGUGCCGAAUGGAAUAUUUCAACUGGGGCUUAUUUUACAUUGCUACAAAGAGGAUAUGUUAAGCAAGCAUGGCCAGUCUUGGCCCUCCAGAUGUUUUGGAACUACAGCUCCCAUCAUCCCUAGCUAACAGGACCAGUGGUCAGGGAUGGUGGGAAUUGUAGUCCCAAAACAUCUGGAGGGCCAAGUCUGGCCAUGCCUGUGUCAAAGCAAACGGGAAGUUAUCAUUAUUCUGGUUUUGUACAGAUUGAAAGUGCGGCUGAAAGAGUGAAGGGCAAUGGUCAGAUUGAAAGGUCGAUGCUUAUUGACAGCACAGUAGGAAACGACACAUUUUUUGUAGUGACGUGGCUGGCAAAGGAACCCAAUAUCGUUCUUCGUGGCCCUAGAGGAAAACACUUUACAAAUGGGGAAUUUGAUGUCAAUCCACUUUUCCGCACAGCUCGUCUGCAGAUUCCGGGGAUUGCUGAGGUAACAGUGAAUUGUCCUUCAGUUGUUUCUAUCGGGGACUUGCCUUUGGAUGGAAAAAUAAUACGAAUCAAUCUGGCUAACCUGAUUCAUAAAUACACACUCACACCCUGCUCACACAUGAAAACAAUUCUCACUACAGCCAACCAAAGACAACCAACCACACCUUAAGCCACACCCAACUUCUCUCACCACCAAGGAAAUACGUCAGGUGAAUAAGAAGAGAACCCACGCAAGUAACGCUGACACAAUCCCUCACACACACUAAGUAGAAUAAUAGAAGCAUAACAACCCCACCCCACCCCACUUGCCACACCCCCUUCAACUCCCUUUCCCCCUUUUCCUUUCCCCCUUCUUCUUUCAAAUUGUUUAAACCAAUUCGUGAACCAAGAAAGUUCAUCUUGACCACUAAUAAUGAAACAUCUGUUCUAGAUAUUUCCCCACAUUUAUUAUGCUAUUUUUGUGAUAUACAAGUGGCAUGAGAAAACUUGGUGUACUUAUUUCUACAGCGUUAUUCUUGUUUAUAAACCCCCCCCCAAAAAAAAUCUAUUUAGGCUGAACGCUUUUGAGCAUAUAAAUUUGUUUUUCAGGCUGGGGAUUGGACAUACUUACUCACUAACUCUCAUGGGCUCCCUGAAGUCCUCACAAUGACUGUGACCUCGCGAGCCGUAAAGUCUGACGUGUCUACCAUCACCGUGAGAACCCACACAAAUAAAGAUACAAACGCCUACCCAAGUCCAAUGAUUGUGUAUGCACAGGUUAAUCAAGGCUUCUCUCCCAUUCUUGGUGCAAAUGUGACUGCCAUUAUUGAGCCAGAGAGUGGAGAUCCAAUUAUCUUGGACCUUUUUGACAAUGGUGCAGGUAACAUAUGUUUUUAUAAGUUUAUUUUUUUAGCUGAUGAAUGGAUCACUCUGCUUCAAGUCAGAUUCCGGUCCUGUUUGCACAUCAAUUAAAAAAAAAAUCCAGAGAAAAAAUGUGUGUUUAAGUUGGAAAAUGUGUAUUUUAUUGGCAAAGAAAUGCACUUUAUUCUAAAACACAUAUUUUAAACACAUUGGGGUAAGGUUUUUGACUGAGAAUUACAUAGAAAAAUUUGGAGAAGGGCAAAAUAUGAAUGACAGUUAUAAUCCAAUUUGUCCAGAAGGUAUAAAGGGAAAAUCAAUUGUAUAUGAGUUGAAUGGCAAUGGAAUACAAUGGGGUAUGAAGUGAGAAGUGUGUCCCAUAAGGCUUGCCGUCAAGUAAAUAUGUAUAGAAUUGCAGGCUUAGUGGUACUUUUCACCAUUACUUAAACAAUAUUAUAUUUUAGGGAAUUUUUAAUGGGGUGGCAGAAACUGGCUGAUUCAAGCACAGACUAAGAGGAUUUUUCCAAAGCAGAUUAAACACUUUUUGUGUUUGUAUUUCCUCGCUGCUGCAGGUGCAGAUACGAUAAAAAACGAUGGUGUGUAUUCUAAAUACCUCUUUUCUUUCGCGAGAAAUGGAAGAUAUAGCUUGAAAGUCCACGUCCAGAGGGACAACCAGACAAUUAGCCCAUACCCUGCAACGCUUUGGAGUCCUGCAAUGUAUAUUCCUGGUUACAUAACAAAUGGUAAGGCUUUGGGAUGUCAGUCGUCAAGCCGUGCUCUUGUGCACUUGUUUACCUCCAUGGACUUGAACAGAAGGUGUUCUUAGUGUAUUACAGCAAGAAGAAGCACUACUUUGCACAAGCACCGCUGUGGAAAUAUUUGGGAGACAACUAUGUCAUGGCCUCUUUGAAUUAUCCUCAUAAUCAUGUGGAAAACUCUCACCAGGCUGUACCUCAUGGAAAGCUGAAUCUAGUUUUAAAAAAACUUGUCAACACGCAGAUCCAAGCAGUUUACAUGAAUGGUUCAUUGGGAUGAAAUAUUUCUAGAUGCAUACGUCCUAGAAACAUUCAGCCUCCAUAGUGUGUUUUGUAGCUUCAUUGUGCUGAGCUCUACUUUCUGCCCAACCCAGUUAUCCUCUCUGAAGGAUGCUGAAGCCUGUUAAGGUCUCAGAUAGGAUAUUUUUCUUUCCUUCCACUUCUUUCCCCCCCAUUUGGCACCCUCAGCAUUCUGUGGCCAAAUUGCCCUCAUCAUUCUGUAGAGGUCAUUGGGCAUAGGUCCUUGUGAUGGGAAGAUGAGCUGCUUGUGCGUAAAAAUCGUAUUCCCUCAGAGUUUGUUCAAGUCCACAAACCUCUGUCUGUGACUGAGCCCCUCUGACAUGGCUCCUCUAGUCACUAGAAGAUUCCGACAGUGGUUGCUUUCGUAAUCGCUUCCAACAUAAAAGCUCCUUAACGGAAACACGUCUUCUGGACUCUCUGCGUGACAGUUUCCGGCGAGGAGUGGGUGUCCCUACAGGAGGUCCGGAAACCUCACCACUGUUUUCGCUGGAAGUAUCUCUGAGCCAUCCCCCAGCUCCCUUUCCCUCAGUUCAGCUUCUCUCCCCUGCUGGUUUCCUCUUCAGCUGCUGAGUCUCUUCCAACCUGUCUGAGCCCUUUCACCUCCCUCAGUUCAGCUUCUCUCCCCUUGCUGGUUCCCUCUUCAGCUGCUGAGUCUCUUCCAACCUGUCUGAGUCCUUUCACCUCCCUUCCUUCCGAUGGCAGUUCCCUGACAUCCACCUCCCCUCCAGGGCCCCCUUCACCCCCUCUCGCACCCUCCUCUACGGGCGGUGAGGAGGCAAAACCCCGGAAUGAACUUCCUUCAUCUUCCGAUGUCUCGAACACUUCUCUCCACCUGUUGCGGUUCCUGGUCUCGAAGCACUCCUCCUCCUCCGAGUCCAUCUCCCCUUCCCCUUCCGAUUCUGGGAAUCCUUCCAACUCCUCCUCCUCCUCAGUGGUCCCAAAGUAUUCCCUCCGGAACCUCUCCACAGGCUGAGGUUUCCUCGGGAACCUUUGAUGGAACGUUUCUAUCAAUACCUCGUCAUUGAUAUCUUCGGCCAUUACCCACGUGUUUUCUGACUCCGGUUCUCCUUCCCACGCUACCAAAUACUCCACCUGAUUCCCCUUCCACCUGGCAUCAAGGAUUUCUGCCACAUGACUGCUGCAUUCUCUUUCUUCUAUGACCGGUCCCGAGUGGCCAUCCCUUCUCGUCCCCCCUCGUACGGUGACAGUAACGACCUGUGAAAUACUGGGUGCAGUUUCAUGUGGUUGGGUAACCGGAGCCUGAAAGCCACUGGGUUGACCUGUUGAAUGACCUCAAAGGGACCCAACCUCCUGGGUCUUAAUUUCUUACAACCUCCUUUGAACGGCAACCCUCGGGUUGACAGCCACACCCUAUCUCCAACCCUUAUGGUUUCACCUUCCCUUCGGUUCUUGUCUGCCUGCCUCUUGUAUUCUUCCUUCGCCCUUUCUAAGUUGAGUUGAAGCUGACGGUGGAUUGCUUCCAUUUCUUCUACAAAAUGCUCGGCUGCCGGUACGCUCCAUCUCUCCCCUUCUCCCCCUGGGAAAGCCCUGGGAUGACACCCAUAAUUAGCCAAGAAGGGGCUCAUCCCUGUGGACACAUUCUCGGCAUUGUUGUAGGCAAAUUCCGCCAGCGCCAACUUUUCUACCCAGUCAUUCUCUCUGUCAUUGACAUAACACCUCAGGUAUUGCUGGAGGACACCGUUUGCUCUUUCCGCCUGCCCGUUGGUUUCAGGGUGCCGGGCAGUCGAAAGUUGACCUCCACCUGCAGUAAGCUCAUGAGCUUCCUCCAGAACCUGGAAGUAAAUUGUUUUCCUCGGUCUGAGACCACCCUCAAUGGCACCCCGUGCAACCUAAAAAUGUGUUCUACAAAUAACUUCGCUGUCUCUUCCGCCGUGACUGCAUGCGAGCAAGCUACAAAGUGGCCCAUCUUUGUUAGUAGGUCUACCACCACCAUGAUGGCUGUUUUCCCUUUGGACUUCGGCAGAUCAGUCAUAAAAUCUAUCGACACUGCCUCCCAAGGUCGUUCUGGUGUUGGUAAGGGUUCUAAUAGCCCCGCCGGCGCCCGCCUUUCCCCUUUGGCUCGCUGGCACUGCUCGCACCCUCUUACAUACUCACGUACAUCCUCCCUCACCUUAGGCCACCAAAAUUCCCUGGUGACCAACCACAUGGUUUUGUGUUGCCCAAAAUGCCCGCCGUGGGGCUGUCAUGCAACUGCUUGAGUACCCUCCCCUUAAGUCUCCUUCAGGGAUAUACAGUGCCCCUUUGUAAUACAAAGCUCCAUUUCUUUCCUCGAAACCCCUUGAUUCCUCUCCCUCAUCCCUAAGACCUCUGAGCUUAUUCUGGGCGUAUUCAUCAUUCUCUGUUUCUUCUACCAGUUCUCUUUGUCCCACCAAUGCCGCCCCACACACCCAGCGGUCCUCUGGAAUGACAUGUCUCUCUUCGGGUGCUCCCUCCCCCCUCCAAAUAUUCAGGUUUGCGUGAGAGAGCGUCCGCCCUAAUGUUCUCUGGGCCUGGCACGUAACAAAUCUCAAAGUUAAAUUUGGAGAAUUCCUGGGCCCACCUCACUUGCCGUUGGUUGAGCACUCGUGCCGUCCUCCAAUACUCUAGGUUCUUGUGGUCAGUGCACACUUGCACCUUAUGUUGUGCGCCAAUUAGCAGGUGCCUCCAUCUCCGGAACGCCUCAUGAAUGGCUAGUAGUUCUCGGUCAUACACCGUGUAGUUCCUCUCGGAUUUGUUCAGCUUUCGCGAAAAAAGGCACACGGUCUCCACUCUGACUCCUCCUUCCCUGGCUGGAGAAGCACCGCCCCAACCGCUCUGUCUGAUGCGUCAGUUUCCACUCUCAUCGGUUUUGUAAAUCCACAUGCAGGAGCUGUUGUUCCGAGGCGAAGGCCCUUUUUAGUUCCUCAAAUGCUUGCUCCGCCUCCUCCGUCCAAACGAACUUCUUCUUACUGCUGAGACAGUCCGUAAUGGGCGCCGUCAGGUGGGCAAAGUUUGGGAUGAACUUACGAUAGAAGUUCCCAAAUCCUAAAAACCUCUGCACAUCCUUCCUUGUUUUGGGUGUUUUCCAUUCCAGUACCGCCUGGACCUUGCCGGGAUCCAUGGCCAACCCCUUGUCAGACAGGCGAUACCCCAGGAAUUCCACCUCCUUGGUAUGAAACUGACACUUCUCCAGUUUCACCCACAGCUGGUUGGCUUGCAGCCUGCUCAACACUUCUCUGACGUCUCUCACAUGCUGCUCCUCAUUCUCAGAAUACACCAACACGUCGUCUAAGGGGCAGACUCUGGCAAAGUGCCCUGGCUGUUGGCAGAGAUAGCAUUUCCGGGCGCCUUUUCCCUCCUUUUUCCCCCCUCGCUGGGCUUUGAAGCUGCGCGCGCGCGUACUGUUCCCAUUUCCAUCGGCUCUGCCGACGCGGAAAGAGAUGGCUCUGGAAUGUCUGGAAUGCUGGGACUCCUUCCCAGCGUUCCCCUUUCCCUUCCCGCCUCUCCAAUGCUCUCGCCUCCUGGCGCUCCUAUAGCCGGCGCUGAUUUGGUCAGCUGGUCCAUGGGCCUCCGCCCUGGGCGCCGAAGGAAAGUUCAUCUUUCACAGCCGGAAGAAAGCCCUUCUUCAAAGAGCAUUUAUGAAUGGGUUCCGCCGCGAUAAGUCCCACCCCCAGUCUGUGUAGCAAGCCAUGAGUGAACUCAGUCCAGUACCUUUCAAGACUUAGGUUUCUAGCAGCUUUUAAAAUAAAAAUUGAAAUUGCAAGCACAUAUAUUGCUACAUGAAGGGACGCGGGUGGCGCUGUGGGUUAAACCACAGAGCCUAGGACUUGCUGAUCAGAAGGUUGGCGGUUUGAAUCCCAGCGACGGGGUGAGCUCCCGUUGCUCGUUCCCUGCUCCUGCCAACCUAGCAAUUUGAAAGCACGUCAAAGUGCAAGUAGAUAAAUAGGUACCGCUCCGGCGGGAAGGUAAACGGCAUUUCCGUGCUCUGCUCUGGUUCACCAGAAGCGGCUUAGUCAUGCUGGCCACAUGACCCGGAAGCUGUACGCCGGCUCCCUCGGCUAGUAAAGUGAGAUGAGCGCUGCAACCCCAGAGUCGGUCACGACUGGACCUAAUGGUCAGGGGUCCCUUUACCUUUUAUAUUGUUACAUACUUGGUGAGUCUCCAUAAUAUAAAGAAGCCCAUACCUUCUGUGUUGGGGUAGCCCCAUUUUACUUCUAAGUGGAUAGGCAUCGGAAGAACCAAACUCAGUAUUAGAAGGAAUGGAGAUGAUUAAUGCUGCUAUUAGCUAGCAAGGGCUUUCCAGGGAUAGAGCCACGGGCAUCACAAUGGCUAACCUGGCUGGGGCAGGGUAGCAGCAAGGUCAGGAUUGUGUGGUUACAUCAGAGGGACCAUCAGUGGCCCUCUGAACCAAUCCAGCACUCCCCUCUAUUGCAGCCGCGAGGUCUCAGCCUCACACCAGCCCUGCAGCAGCAAAACCAGUGCUCUAACCCACCAUAUACCAUGUUACUGGGCAUCCCCAAAGCUGUUACCUUAGACGGAACCUGGGUGUUUCUUUAUGGAAAACACGGGUACUACCAAUGAGAUAGGGACCUAUUACUGUCAGGUUGUUUAUUUCCUUUUUGGCCUACUUGCCCCAAAGUCCAUUAGUCGCUAGUUCGUUGGAAGCAUGCUCAGCUGGUCUUUAGCUCUCUUUUGUGUAUUUGUUUAUGUUGGUGUGGCAUAGGUACAAUCCAGAUGAAUGCACCAAGGCCAUUGAUGAAUAGUGAAGAUACACACAUCAGCUCUGGGGGCUUCAGCAGAAUAGCUGCUGGGAGUGCUUUCACCAUAUCUGGAGUUCCCACUGGCCCCUAUAAGGAUGUGUUCCCACCAUGCAAAAUUACUGAUUUGGAUGCCAGAACAGAAGAGGACAAAAUUGUUUUAACCUGGACAGCUCCAGGGGAUGACUUUGACCAGGGACAAGGUAGGUUCAGUGUUUCUUAUUUUCUUUGCUAAUGAAAACUGUUUAAAAGUAGGGUGUUUUUAAAAAACCAACAACCCCAAAAAAACAACCACCAGUGUUUCCCAAACUUGGGUCUCCAGCUGUUUUUGGACUACAACUCCUAUCACCCAUAGCUAGCAAGACCAGUGGUCAAGGAUGAUGGGAACUGUAGUCCGAACACAGCUGGAGACCCAAGUUUGGGAAACCCUGUUUUAAACUACGUUGAUAAAAUCUGCAAGCAAAUCCAUAUUGGAUGUGCACUGAGCUUUGGAUAUAUAUACUUUUGAGACCCAUAAAUAUAAGUAAAACAGAAUUCCAAUUCAAAAUGACCCUCUGCACAUCUCUGCUGUAACUUGGACUCUGGAAAUCCUAUUUGUAGAGGGAAACCGGAAACCAAAAAAUUCCUUCCUUGUUUGUUCCUUCUUAAAUAUCAUCAUAGCAAGUAUUGGUGGUGAUCCUCUCUUAGUUAAACCUGCUCUUUACUGCAGUAGUUUUGCCCCAGUAGUCUCAGUUUGUGGAUCAGUUGCUCUGCAUGCUUUUAUACACUUGUCCAGUUCUGCUGCCCAUGGAUAACAGAGAUAUCUUGUGUGCUUUUGGCAGAGAAGAACAGUUAGAAUCAUAGAACCAUAGAGUUGGAAGGGACCCUGAUGAUCAUCUAGUCCAGGGGUAGGCAACCUAAGGCCCGUGGGCCCAAUGUGGCCCAAUCGCCUUCUCAAUCCGGCCCACAGACACUCCAGGGAUCGGCGUGUUUUCACAUGACUUGAAUGUGUCCUUUUAUUUAAAAUGCAUCUCUGGGUUAUUUGUGGGGCAUAGGAAUUCGUUCAUUUUUUUCCUUCAAAAUAUAGUCCAGCCCCCCACAAGGUCUGAGGGACGGUGGACUGGCCCACAGCUGAAAAAGGUUGCUGACCCCUGAUCUAGUCCCACCCCCUGCAAUGCAGGAAUAUGCAACUGUUCCGUACGGGGAUCAAACCUGCAACCUUGACAUUAUCAGCACCAUGCUCCAACCAACUGAGCUAUCCAGAUAGGAAUGCCUUGCUGAUGUAGCCAGAAUGGCUCUAUCUAUGUACAAGAAGGGAGAUAUCAACAGGCUUGAGAAAACCCCAAUAUUUGCAGAUUAUUAUUAUUAUUAUUUUUUAAAAAAUAUUUUUUGGGGAAACCCCAAAACAAACUUUUAAGGACUGGGUAUGCCAACAGUUUGUGGGGGCUCCAGAGUGAAAGAGGGUAGCAGCACAUUGCACAGUAUAAUGUUUUGUUGCAGGGCCCACUUGCCCGCAUGUUAAUUCAGAUGCAAAUUUGUAUUUGCCUCUGAGUGCUGACAAUGAUAAAAAUGCCCUUGGUGCCCUAUUGUGUCCUUAGACUGAAACCAUUGUUUUUUGCUAAUUAUAUCCUGUUUCGUAGUAUUGUCUGCUUAUUUUGGUUGACCGAGGCUGCAAUUCUGUUGGCAGUUUCUUAUAAACAGGCAAUAGCUUGGGGUGAAAAGUGUUGAAUCCUGUUACUUCCAGGCAACUGCAGGAAAAAAACCAACACUUUAUAGCCUUUUGUUAUCUUGGUUUUUUUUUCCAGCUGCAAGAUAUGAAGUGAGAAUAAGCCAAAGUUCUCUGGAAUUGAGGGAAGAAUUUGAAAACGCUGUACCCAUAAAUACCUCCAGCUUGGCACCUCAGCCUGCAGGUUCCAAGGAAAUGUUUGUGUUUAAACCAGAAGCCUCGGCAAACGUCACCCUAAUUUACAUGGGCAUCCGCACAGUGGAUAAGUCUUUCUUGUACUCUGACCUCUCCAACAUAGCUCAAGCACUUAUUAUUCCUGGGAAGGGUACUCACAUCGCUCCUGCCAAGUACGGUGCCUUAGCAGUCGUUCUGACAACAUGUGGGCUGCUGUUAUUGGUUGCUUCUUGCCUUAUUGUAAGCACCAUUCUAUGGACUUCGAAGAAAAAGAAAAAAGUAGCAAUUGAUGAAGCCAUACUAUCACAUUCAGAUUCAGCAUUGGCAGUUUAGGCGUUUUCUUCUUUUGAAGUUUAGUCGUUGUUUAGUCGUGUCCGACUCUUCGUGACCCCAUGGACCAGAGCACGCCAGGCACUCCUGUCUUCCACUGCCUCCCGCAUUUUGGUCAAACUCAUGUUCGUAGCUUCGAGAACACUGUCCAGCCAUCUCGUCCUCUGUCGUCCCCUUCUCCUUGUGUCCUCCAUCUUUCCCAACAUCAGGGUCUUUUCCAGGGAGUCUUCUCUUCUCAUGAGGUGGCCAAAGUAUUGAAGCCUCAGCUUCAGGAUCUGUCCUUCCAGUGAGCACUCAGGGCUGAUUUCCUUAAGAAUGGAGAGGUUUGAUCUUCUUGCAGUCCAUGGGACUCUCAAGAGUCUCCUCCAGCACCAUAAUUCAAAAGCAUCAAUUCUUCGGCAAUCAGCCUUCUUUAUGGUCCAGCUCUCACUUCCAUACAUCACUCCUGGGAAAACCAUAGCUUUAACUAUACAAAUAUAACAUAACCAGGAAAGAGAUCUUGGGAUUAUGGUGGGUCGCUCGAUGAAAACAUUGACCCAGUGUGUGGCAGCAGUGGGGGGAAAGGAGAAAUCUAUGUUUAGUGAUAAUUAGGGACCGAAAUGAGUGCUCAUGCCUGCCUUUGUGGGCGCCCUUUGCAGGACCGCAUGCAGCACCUCGGGCCACGUGGGACCCACCAGCUAGUUGGGCUGGCCUCCCUCCCUGUGUUAGUCAUUGGAGGUUCCUGCCAAACCUCAGCCAAUCAGUUCCACAGGGAGGUGGAGCCAGUUGCUUAAAUAGGAGGCGGAGCCAGCAGCAACCAUGCGGUUGGCUCCAGAGCUUCAGGGUCCCCUCUUAAAGGGGUUUGUAAAAUGGGAGUGACUGGCUAUACACUGAAAGGUUGUCAGUGAACUCCCCUGCGUUGCAGGGAUAUGGGGUGGUCUGCCUGCGUACACAAGCAUCUUGCUGUACACCCUCCCAUGUCCCAUUCACCCCAGGAGGAGUCCCAGUUCCUCUGGCUGGGGGGCUGGGAGGGAUACACGCCCAAUGCCUAAGCCAAUGUCUUCCUACAUCUGAAAGGUUUAAUAAAGUUGUGGCCAAUUUUUAAUUCCAUAAAAACGUUGUCACAAGUCAUUAUUCCUUCUGGUGGUCUCUUGGGGCUGGGGGGGG